AGGGAGUAUGACUCAAGCAUGCACCAAAAUUAUAUAAAGUCAGUCAGAGCGCCAUUUCUCUUCUAAAAUUGAUAUUUCUUUUAAUUACAGCGUGGGGAAGUGCAUGUAAUUGCGAGUUGAGCCAAGUCAUCCGGCGUGAGUCACUCACGCACCUGUAACAGUAACACCACAAAUGGUGGCACAUCAACCGCACUAGAGGCGACAAUUCAAGCAAACAGUCGCAACAUAUCGAAAUGAUACACUGUGCAUGUAGAUCCCCAAGACUCGAAGAAUUUAAAAAACAAGACCAAUUCAUCAAUAUCAUCAAGGCUUGUUUUCAGGGCAGCAUCGACUUACAGCGAUUGCAUCUAUAAUCUUCAAAUUCAUUCAUUAGAUCGUGUACUUUUCCUGUCACUUUAUUCAAUUCUUCAACCUUCAUCAUGACAUCGGCAGCCUCUGAAUCUGUAGCGACUAUUCUCUGCAACUCCAAACAAACGCGCUUUCAAUUCACCAAUCAUCGCGAGCUUGACAUUGAUGGAGUCAACAUCACCGUAACCUCAGGCGACAAACCUUCUGGCAAGGGGAAGGCAAAGUCAAAAGGCGAGGGCAUUGAGAUUCUCGCUGGGGCCAAGCUCCGUCUGAAGGAGGGCCAAAGAUAUGCUCUUGUAGGACGCAAUGGAACUGGAAAGUCUACACUACUCAAAGCCAUCGCCGAGAAACUCAUCCCAGGCAUCCCAGAGGAGACUAGGAUUGCUAUUCUACAGCAAACUAGACUGACUGAUCAAAAACCUGAGGAGAUAUCCGACACCAAUAAUGACGACAAAGCAUCUGUGCUAGAACAAGUCAUCGAAAAGGCUACAGCCAAACAUGCCAUCGAACAGGAUAUAAAGGGUACUCCAUCUACCAUUUUAACCCAGACCUCACCUAACUCUUUAAGCAGAUCUAACAGAAGGGAUAAAUUCCUCUGAUCCUUUUACCCCAGUCAAAGCAUUGAGGCAUCUCAAGCACAGAAAGCAUCAAGAGCGUCUCUUCCGUCUCGAUAAAGAUGCUCGGCUUCGCAGUGGCGCUCGCGGUAUGCAAGCUCGCAAGGCACUCACUGCUUUCGAAAAGGUCGUAGCUGAAUCGAAUGAACUGCUGGAACAAUCCAAUGAGGAUAUCUCACCAGAAACUCUUCAAGCUGAGACCCAAGAGGCAGUCGAUAUGCUCGCCGAUCUUCAACUACAGGCCGAUCCAACUCGUGUAUCAGAGAUUGAGUCCAAGGCUAAAAAGAUCCUCACCGGUCUAGGCUUUUCUGAAGCUCUUAUCCAGAAACCCAUCUCGAGCUUGUCUGGAGGCUGGCACAUGCGUGCUUCUCUUGCUACUGCGCUGGUUCAAGAAACCGAUAUCCUCAUCCUCGAUGAGCCUACCAACUUUCUCGACCUCUUGGGAAUCAUCUGGCUCCAACGCUAUCUUCAGAAUCUAGAAGAAACAGGGAACCCACCAACCCUCAUUCUCGUAUCACACGAUCGUGACUUCAUCUCUCUUUGCACGGAUCUGCUCAUCCUCAAAGACAAGCAGCUUACUUACUUCCAUGGCGAUUUUCCCACUUACGAGGCAUCGCAAAGUGAGCGCAAACAAUGGCUUACCACCAUGAAAGAAGCUCAGGACAAGCAAAAGGCGCAUAUCGAGAAGUCUAUCGCCGCCAAUAUGAAAGCUGGCAAGGCCAACGACGAUACCAACAAACUCCGUCAGGCCAAGUCUCGUCAGAAGAAGCUUGAUAACCGCUGGGGGUUACAAGUCAGCGCCAGGGGUGGCCGUUUCAAGCUCAAUCGGGAUCUUGUUGGCUUUCACUUGACUGCGCGUGAUGACAUCGACAUUCCACCAGAAGACCGCCCUGUCGUGGUGAAUCUUCCUGAACCACCUGACCUGCGCUUCCCUGGUGCUCUGAUCUCUCUCGAGAAGGUUGCGUUCCGAUAUUCAGCCAAGACACCACUGAUUGUCCAGGACAUCACUCUCUCUGUCGGCAUGGGGGAUCGUAUUGGUAUUCUUGGCCUCAACGGAGCGGGCAAGUCGACGCUCAUCAAACUCCUCGUCGGUGAGACUCGACCUACAUCCGGAACUCUAAGUACACAUCCCCGAUUGAAGUUGGCAUACUACUCGCAGCAUGCCGUUGAGGCACUGCAAUCUCUUGGUCGUGAAGAACCAGCCCUUACAGCUCUUGCUCUUCUCACUCGCGAAGUCGAAGGCGAACUCACAGAAGGAGACCUUCGUGGUCUCUUAGGCCAACUUGGUCUUCCAGGUCGCAUUGCAUCUGACGUGCCCCUGUGUAAACUAUCUGGAGGGCAGGUGGUGCGUUGUGAGCUUGCUCGCCUCCUGUGGCGACGACCUCAUUGUCUUGUUCUUGAUGAAGUCACGACUCAUCUUGAUUACGAGACCGUGACUGCACUGAGAGAAGCAUUGAGGGAUUGGGAGGGUGCAGUGAUUUUGGUUAGUCACGAUCGAUGGUUUAUGCGAGGCGUGAUUGAGGGAGCGGUCGAUGACGAUGAGGAAACAGACGAAGAUGACGACGAUAAGGAAGUCAUGCGAAGAAGGAUCGUGUACAGGUUGAAGGGUGGCAAGAUGGAUACACUGGAAAAUGGUGUGGAUGAGUUUGAACGGCUCAUGGAGAGGAGGGUCAAGAAGCUGCUUCAAGACUAGAAGAAGUUUAUUUAGGUGCAUGAAGAGCGUUCCUAAGUAUAUAGAAGAUCAGGCCUACUCCCGGCUCUCUAAAACGAUGGGGCUUGCCAGGAUCUUGAAGAGACUGUGAUCAAGCAUCUUGAUACUCAUAUUUCCACCUUCAGGUAUCUCAACGAUAGUCCCAUCAAUGCACACCUUCCGCCAUCUCUCAUCUUUCUCUAGAACCGAAAUUUUGACUUCGUCGACUUCAUCAUAGCCGACCUUUUCUCCGUCAGGCCACUGCAUACCAACAUGACUGCCCUCAUCAUACGCGUUCAUCAUGACACUCAUCGUCCGCUCACCACCGAUAGGUCCGAAAUGGACCAGUCUAAGCUGUGAUUGCAAAGGUUUAGUGGCGGG